CCACUUAACGUCGAUACACACAAUGUUUGUUCGCCGCCUCAACCCCCAGACCAUGACCAUGCUCGCGUCGUCGGCGCGUGCGUUCUCGGCCGCCGCUGUGGCGCAGGCCAAGAUCACGUUGGACGGGCCCGGCAAGCUGAAUGUGCCCAACAACCCGACGCUGGUGUACGUCGAGGGUGACGGUACUGGCGCAGACAUCUGGGCGUCCGCGUCGCGUGUUAUCGACGCGUCUGUCGAGAAGGCGUACGGUGGCGAGCGCAAGAUCGAGUGGAUGGAGGUGCUCGCCGGCGAGAAGGCUUUCAACGAGACCGGCGAGUGGCUCCCGCAGGAGACCAUUGACGCCUUCCGCGAGUACCUUGUGGGUAUCAAGGGCCCGCUGACGACGCCUGUUGGCGGCGGCAUCCGGUCGCUCAACGUCGCACUCCGCCAGAUCCUGGAUCUGUACACCUGCCUCCGCCCUGUUGUCCACUUUGCCGGCGUGCCGACGCCGAUCAAGAAGCCCGAGGACGUCGACUUUGUCAUCUUCCGCGAGAACACCGAGGACAUCUACGCCGGCAUCGAGUUCCAGUCGGGCUCGGACGAGGUCAAGGAGCUCCUUGGCUGGCUGCAGGACAAGGGCGUGGCCGACAAGGUCCGCUUCCCGGACACUGCCGCCAUGGGCGUCAAGCCGGUCUCGCGUGAGGGCACCGAGCGCCUGGUCAAGUCGGCCAUCCAGUACGCGCUUGACAACUCGCGCAAGUCGGUCACCCUUGUCCACAAGGGCAACAUCAUGAAGUUCACCGAGGGUGGCUUCAAGGACUGGGGCUACGCCCUCGCCAAGUCCGAGUACCGCAACGAGAUUGUGACCGAGCGCGAGUCGUGGAUUCUCGGCAACCUCGACAGCAACCCGGACAUGUCUGUGGAGGACAACGCCCGCGCCAUCGAGCCCGGAUACAACCUCAUGACCUCCACCCAGCAGGAGGCGCUCCGCAACGAGGUCGCCGGUGUCAUCGAGGCCAUCGGCGCCACCCACGGCAACGCCCAGUGGAAGAACAAGGUCAUCGUCAAGGAUGCCAUCGCUGACAUUGCCCUGCAGCAGAUCCUCACCCGCUCCAAGGAGUUUGACGUCAUCGCCACCCUCAACCUCAACGGUGACUACCUCUCCGACUCGGCCGCGGCCCUCGUCGGAGGCAUCGGCAUUGCCCCGGGCGCCAACGUCAACUACACCACCGGCCACUUUAUCGCCGAGGCCACCCACGGCACCGCCCCCAAGUACGCCGGCCUCGACAAGGUCAACCCCGGCUCUGUUGUCCUCUCCGGCGAGAUGAUGCUCCGCUACCUCGGCUGGAACGAGGCUGCCGACCUCAUCAUCAAGGGCAUGAACGGUGCCAUCUCCACCGGCCAGGUCACCUACGACUUCCACCGCCUCACCGAGGGCGCCACCCUUCUCAAGUGCUCCGAGUUUGGCUCGGCCAUCAUCAAGCACAUGGACUAACGUUUUUGCUUCAUCGUAACACACACCAUUUGCAACUG